AAGAUUUUCCUUCGAGAGUUCCUGAACGCAUCUCGAUGACGUGUCUCUUUUGACGCUCAUGGCGGGAGGCGGAUGUUAAACAGUCUUCGUAAUGCAAGCUGUUUUGACAUCGUGCUACUGCUAAGGUUUGUUAAGAGCAACUUUAAGUUUUACGUAUGACUGAAGUUAGCAUGAUGGCGUCUGAACUGGUGAAAGACAACCCGCUGCUUUUACCUCUCAACGUGGAGAAAACGGUAUAUGAUGGAUUCAUCACCGUCCAGGAGAAAGACUUCAGACUGAGAGUACAGCUACCGCCAGAUCGACAUCUCAAAAAGGCCAAGCUGCAUUGCUGUUGGAAGUUAAAACAGCUGUUGCGUGGGUAUGAACACACAGUGAAACAGAGGCUACACCAGUCUACUGAUCUUGUCAGUUUCAUACUGGAAUUGAAGACUGUCUUGGAAGUGGUUCUAAAGUGCCAUCCUGAGUGCUCCUCGAUACCACCUCCACAGUGCUACUCCCAACUCAUUUUCGAAAUUGAGAACCUUGGGUGGGACAAGUUGCUUUUUAUAGACGCACAGUUUAAAAUGUUGAGGCUGAAAGCUGAGGACUCUUCAGGACGACAACACAUUCUCACCGUUGACCUCAAGUCUAAGUAUCCAGCAGAGGCUCCAGAAUGCACAGCUGAUCUGCCAGUUCCCCUGGUCUUAACAUGGACUCCACAGUCUUCUUUAAACCAACUACACAGCCAGUUCCUGCUGGUUAUAGAAGCGCUGACGGAGUUCUGGGAUGUCCUUGAUGAGAUUGACACAAAGACCUGGAUUCUGGAACCGGAAAAGCCAAGUUUUUCUGACACUAUGAGGCGAAUAGUUAUUGGAAAUAAUGUCUCCAUUAAAGUGGAAGUGGAUCCCAGACAUCCAAAGAUGCUGCCAGAAUGCUGCCUGCUAGGAGCUGAGCAUGUUGUCACUCCACUGAGGGAUAAGCUGAACGCCAACAUGCAUUUGUGGAACCCGGACUCCAGUGUCUUGCAAAACCUCCAGGAUGUUUUGGAGAUCGAAUUCCUGUCACCUGCCACCCACGAAAAAUCUACAUUCAGUGUUGAGUGUGGGAUCUGCUACUCCUAUCGCCUGGAGGCUGCAAUACCUGACCAGGUGUGCACUGACCCUCACUGUGGUCAGCCCUUUCAUCAGGUCUGCCUGUAUGAGUGGCUGCGUAUGUUGCCCGCCAGCAGGCAGAGCUUUAGCACGGUUUUUGGAGAGUGUCCUUACUGCAGCAAGCCCAUUACAGUGAAAAUGGCAGCUAAGAAAUCCUGACAAGUUGCCUUUGAGGACCAAUGAACUUCUUCAAAACAAUUACACUCACAAGAAGAUGCAGAAAUAAACAAGAACAAAGAAAAAUCCCUAUUGAAAAGGGGAUUGGAAGUGAGGGCUGGGAUACUGACUGAUUCUGAUGUUACAUCAAAGAAGCUCCAGCAGCCAGGAGAAGAGUAGCAGCCACAACCACAGAGCAGUACAUCACGUUAGAGGAAGGAUUUUGGUCUUCUUCUAGCUGCUGAGACUCCUCAUCGUCUAUGUUGUCCAUCCAGACUUCACCAUCCUGCUGCUGAACUUCUUCAUCCAGGUCAUCCCAGUCUUCACCUUCAGUUGUGCGGGAGAAAUUGUCAUGCUCACGUGUUGCACUUCCGUACUCGUCUACUUCCCGUUUCAUGCCCGUAAUGCGGAGCUCAUCUGUGCUCCUGGAUUGUGUUUUCUGUUAAAGAGAAGAAUUUAAGAGCGUGCUCUUUUAAAACAUGUAGUAGUUGAAAAACAUUCAAAUAUAUAUUUGCCACGCAA